GGAACAAAUCAAAAUUUCCAAUUCAUCCGUGGAGAAGAAACAAAAUCUUAAACCGUUCGACCAAUGAAAUCAGUCGUUUCGAAAAAUCAAAAUGGAAGUCGGCGGGAAAGAUUUACAAAAUGAUCAUAAUAAUGAAAUGAUGGUAAAUAGUGGUGAAUGUAAUGGAAAAAAUCUAGAUGUAAUAUCAGUAGAUGAACCUAAGUCAGAUUUAACCAUUAAGUUUCAAGACUGUCAAAUAAAUUGUCUUCAAGAUAUAGAAACAUUGAAUAAAAUAUGUCAGCAAAUGAAUCUAAAAUUUGUAAAACCAAAUCAUUUAUAUCAUAGACACAAGAGGAUAAAACCACAACAUCCAGAUGAGUAUGAAGUUGAAGAAAUUGUCGAUUAUGUCAGAGAUAAAUACAAAGAAUGGUAUUUAAUCAAAUGGAAAGGAUGGGAAAGUGAAUUUAACACUUGGGAGCCUUACAGUAAUUUGACAGGGUGUCAAGAAUUAAUAGAAAACUUUCAUAGAUCAGGAAGAAAAGCAAAUUUACAAAAUCACACUAACAUUGGGUAA